AUGCCCUCUUCCUCAAUAUUCCCUGACUUUGUUCUCGGCCACCCGAAGCACGAAAAGACUCGACUCUCAAAUGCCCCCAAGAGCAAGAAGCCGAAAGCACGGCCACCGAGGAGCAUCAGAGACAAGGUCCCGUUCUAUGGGAAACUACCAAAGUACACUGGGCCCUACGAGGUUGGCACCAUCGACCUCGAAGUCCCGGCGAGAGAGCCGCGGACCUUUUCCGACAUUACGCGCCAGAAGAUCCACGUGCUGGCUCUCGAAACCGUGCUGAUGACCAUCUACUACCCGGCUCACAUCAACGCGGGGGUCGAGGUGCAGACGUCUGCGGCAAAACAAAAGUUCCGACCAACAUGGCUCAGCAGACCCAGAGACCUCACCAGUCGUGGAUAUGCGAGGUUUGCCACCCUUCCGGAGCGACUCACCAUGCUAUGGUUCUUCUGCACGACUUGGUUUACAAAGCUGCCUGCGUACAAGAACGCCCGGAUAGCAGAUCACUGGCCGCAGCAUGGUCGGACUUCUACGCACCAUCACAAAACGACGCGGAUGAAGGGGGCUCCGCCGCCAGAUGGGCCUGAGAAGCCAAAGUUUCCUCUGAUAUUCUUCUCUCAUGGUCUGGGAGGCACCCGGACGGCCUAUUCCUCCGUCUGCGGGGAAUUUGCAAGCCACGGAUUCGUGGUGGUGGCGUUGGAGCAUAGAGACGGGAGUGGACCGCGGUCAAUCAUAAAUCACCCGGACCACGGGCCUGGGAGCCGGCAGGAACGAGAAAGAAAGGGCAACAUCGAGCAUCGGCCGGAGAACCUGGACCGGCCGUAUGACAUGGUGGACUUCGUGUUUCCCAAGCACGAUAAAUACGACACGACCCCUGGCCAUCGGGUGGACAAGGAGUUGCGGAGUGCACAGAUCGAUCUUCGGCUGGCCGAGAUCCAUGAAGCGUAUCUGAUUAUGCAGGACAUCUGUGCCGGAAAAGGUGCCGAUGUCGCGGCGAACAAUCUUCGGCUGAAAGGAGCAAUCGGCGCAUCCAAGGCGGGCCUCGACGGCAUCGACUGGUCCUACUGGACAGACCGCUUCCACUGCGAUUGUGUGACCAUGGUUGGCCAUUCGUUUGGCGCAACCACAACCGUAGAAUUGCUUCGACAGAAGACCGAGGAUCGGUUUCACUAUGUCACACAAGGGAUCGUCUAUGAUAUCUGGGGCAUGCCGGUUCGUCCAAACCCCAACCACCACAUCCAGGUGCCGCUGCUCGGCAUCAACUCGGAGGCUUUCAUGUACUGGGCCGACAACUUCAACGUGGCUCGCAAUAUAACCCAAGAGGCCCUCGACGCAGGUCAGCCUGCCUGGCUGCUCACCGUCCGGGGCACAGUGCAUAUCUCGCAGUCGGACUUUUGCAUUCUGUACCCACACAUCGCGAGUCUGGUGCUGAAGAUGACCGCAGAUCCAGUCCGAGCGAUCGACUUGAACCUCGACCUGUCGUUGGAUUUUUUGUCUCGUGUGAUGCCCUCGCACAUCUUGAAGCCUGACCAGCCGUUCUUGCGUACGCUUGCCGAGGGAAAGAAGCUCCUGGAUCUGCCUGUGCUCCAUGACCUGCCUAACGAACAUCAGCCGGAUGACAAGUGGAUGGCGAUCCGGCUCAAGAUUCAUCAUGAAGGAAUCAAGCGAAUCAUACCCAGAAGUAGGAAACGUUAUUGGGAAAAACUGCACAAGAUGGGGCAGGAAGAGGUCUGGGUGCACCUGGGUCCGGAGUGUGUGACAACUGGGACGUGUAGGACUUGUGCCAGUAGGGGGAAAAGCCAGAAGUCCGGUCAAGGUCCGGUCCAAAGCUCUGAAGAAGGCGAUGAAUGGAAGAGCCUUAGCGCUAAGUCUGAUGAGUGA